CCUCCUAGAACUCUUCAUAGUGCUUCGCCCAAUAUCAACAACAUAGCUACGAACGGAAGCACGAUAGUGUAUAACCUGGGCGCAAGCCCUAUACUAAUAAUACAUAAUGGCGACAAAUGUAGGAGGAAAAGAUGGCAAGGCGCCACCGACGGCAGCGACGAAUUUGAUCGCUGGCGGAGGAGCAGGUAUGAUGGAAGCUCUGGCGUGCCACCCUCUCGACACAAUAAAAGUACGAAUGCAGCUCUCACGACGAGCCCGCCAGCCCGGCGCCCCCAAACGCGGGUUCAUCCGCACAGGAGCCGAAAUCGUCAAGCGCGAAACGCCGCUAGGCUUAUACAAGGGCUUGGGCGCAGUUCUAACCGGCAUCGUGCCUAAGAUGGCGAUCCGGUUCACGUCCUUCGAGGCUUACAAGCAAAUGCUGGCCGACGCCGAAACGCGCGCGAUCUCCGGGAGCGGGACGUUCGUCGCGGGGCUCGCAGCAGGCGUAACGGAAGCCGUGGCGGUCGUCACGCCCAUGGAAGUCAUCAAGAUCCGGCUGCAGGCGCAGCACCACAGCAUGGCAGACCCCCUCGACAUACCCAAGUACCGCAACGCAGCACACGCGCUGUACACGGUAGUGCGCGAGGAAGGCUUCGGCGCUCUGUACCGGGGCGUGAGCCUGACGGCGCUGCGGCAGGGCAGCAACCAGGCCGUCAAUUUCACCGCGUACACGUACUUCAAGGAAGUGCUGCUGCGGUGGCAGGACGACAAGGGAGGGAGCGCGGUGACCCUGCCCAGCUGGCAGACUACGCUUAUCGGCCUGGUGAGCGGCGCGAUGGGGCCGUUAAGCAACGCGCCGAUCGAUACGAUUAAGACGAGGUUGCAGAAGACGCCGGCCGAGGAGGGGGUUUCGGCGUUUAAGAGGAUCAGUUUGAUUGCGAGGGAUAUGUUUAGGCAAGAGGGGUUUCAUGCGUUCUACAAAGGCAUCACGCCGAGAAUCAUGCGUGUUGCGCCAGGCCAGGCUGUAACGUUUACGGUGUAUGAAUACCUGAAGGACAAGUUGGAGAAGAGUGGACCGAGUGUGUUGUCGGGACAGAGGUAUGAAGAAUAGGAAAGGGUGUAUGAUUUUAAGAGGCCGGGUUAUGUACUAGCUAUAGCAUUGUAGUAUUACUGCGAUGGGGACCCUUGGGCUAGGC